UCAAAAUGUCUGUUAUUGAAAUAAUAAAUCGCAAGAUUGCUGCAACGGAUUACUGAUUUAAAAAUGAAUUUCGCGUCGAUUGAUUAUGUUACAAUUAUUUAAGACACGUUCGAGAAUAUCGUUGUUUAUUUAUACGUCAAAUAACUGAUCAUUAAACAUUUUUUUUUAUUUUGUAUCAAAAUUGAAUAUAAUAAAACUGAUUAGUAUGUACAGAAAUAUAAAACCACAUUACUUUUCAAUUGAUGCUAUAAUGGCCGCCCAAGAAAAAAUUCAGUGUUCAUUUAUUAAAAAAGUUGAGCACGUCGAUUUCUUAGAUAUGACAAACACUGAAAAAGAUGAAGAAGCAGAUCCAAAAAUUGAACUUCCCCUAUGGAUGAUUAAAGUGUUUUUAGCAGGAAAAUCAAUCAACUUUGAUAUGCCCAAAGCAUAUAAUGAAAUUUACAGGGGUGUUUUAACGGCUGAUGCGAACGUAGUUGAUUUGUUUAAGUUGUGUAAGCAUUUCUAUUUAUUUGGAAAAUUUUUAUCUCAAUUAGAACAUCGAGAAGCAUAUGAAGUCCGAAGAACAUUAAUUCAAACAUUCAUAGACAGAUUUAAACAAACAAUGGAUUGGGCACAAAAUAUUGAUGAUAAUCUGCCAUGCUUUAAUAGACUUGACUGUCUCGARAGGUCAAUAUUUAAUGAUGCUCGAGUAGCGCAGCAACAUUUAAAUACUUAUUUAACCGAAGGAUCAGGUCAAAUGGAAAUUGCUGCCAUGAUAUCGAAUUACAGAAAACGAAAAAUGCAUGAAAGUCGUGUUCUAGAAUAAAAAUAAAACAAUUUUAUGGCAGAUGCCAAUGGAUUUGGGUGCAGUAACCAAAGCAAUUUGUGAUUUAAAUUAACAUCAUAAUAGUGAAAUUGUAAUUUAUAUAAUAAGGUAUUAUAAAUAAAAUUUAUAAAUUUWUAU